UGGGAAAUGUUUCUCACGGAAGAGUCAUCUCAAGACACACAUUCUUGGACACAGUGGUAUAAAGGAGUUUGAAUGUGAGGAAUGUGGAAAAUGUUUUUCUCAGAAGAGUACUAUCAAGACUCACAUUCUUGGACACAGUGAUAUAAAGGAGUUUGAAUGUGAGGAAUGUGGAAAAUGUUUCUCUCUGAAGAGUACUCUCAAGACACACAUUCUUGGACACAGUGGUAUAAAGGAGUUUGAAUGUGAGGAAUGUGGAAAAUGUUUCUCUCAGAAGAGUACUAUGAAGACUCACAUUCUUGGACACAGUGGUACAAAGGAGUUUGAAUGUGAGGAAUGUGGAAAAUGUUUCUCUCUGAAGAGUACUCUCAAGACACACAUUCUUGGACACAGUGGUAUAAAGGAGUUUGAAUGUGAGGAAUGUGGGAAACAUUUUGCACUAAAAGGUAAUCUGAAGACUCACAUUCUUGGACACAGUGGUAUAAAGGAGUUUGAAUGUGAGGAAUGUGGGAAACAUUUUGCACUAAAAGGUAAUCUCAAGACACACAUUCUUGGACACAGUGGUAUAAAGGAGUUUGAAUGUGAG